AUGGAGGGGCUGAGUGCCUCGGCUGCUUUUUGGGACCACCUGCGCACAUUGUGCCUGGACCAGUUUCCUUGCGGGGUGGGGAGCUGGAACAAAUCCCGCUUUCCACCUCGCCUGCCUCCCCGACUCCAUGGUCUGCCUGCUCCCCGACCGGUCACUCUCCUCCGGCGCAAUGGCCUCCUGUCGCCCAAUGAAGAGACAGUGGAAGCCCUGACGGAGUUUCUGCGCUGCCCAGACUCCCCCUGGGCCUUGCCCCCCGACUGCAACCCCCCCGAGCAGCAGCUGCGGGAGCUGGCCGUGCAACACCCCCAAAUCGUCCGUACUGGCUUCGUCUGCUGCUACUUCAGGUCUCUCCGGAUCGUGAACAAAGGGCUUGAAUUGGAAAGCUGGUCUAAAGGGUUGCUUGUGGGAAUAUGGGUCAUCCGAAUUGACCUCUGGGUGUCCCGAGGCACAUUUUGUCAACUCCCCUUUCAGGUGACGGAAAUCGAUGUGGGUUUGUUAAAGUUCCCCAAUUUGGAAGAGCUGAUUUUGACGGCCAACCAUAUUAGCACCAUUCCUGCUGCUAAUCUCCCUCCAGGCCUGAAGGUGCUGGAGCUUUGUGGCAAUGAAGUGCAGAGUUUAAAGGACCUGUGCACAUCUCCCCCAGCCGGACUUCAGCAUCUGGGUCUCGGCCACAACUGCCAGAUUGGCUCCUCGGAAGAACAAUUUUUGGCAGCUGCUUUCUGGCCCAACCUCGUCUCCUUGGACUUGUGCUACAACAAUUUCACCAACCUCUUGAGCCUCCUUUCCACACUUUCCACCUUGAAAAAACUCCGGGUCCUCGUGCUGCAAGGAAACCCCUUUGCUCUCCUGCCGGGCUACCGAGGUUUCACCAUCGACAGCCUGCCCCACCUCUCCGUUUUCGAUGAUGUCAUCAUCACCCCGGAGGAGAGGCACAAUUUCCUCAACCUGGCCACCUUCCCAGAGAUCUUGCUGUUGGAUGUCCAGCUGAUAGUCACCCUUGGCAAAAUGCGAGGGGUCCCCAACCCAUUUAACCCCGAGGACUUGGAAAGCAGCUCUGGCUCCCCGAUUGUAAACUAUAGUUACUACGUGACGUAUGAAUUUGCCAAAGGAGAAAGAAAAGAGAAGGCAGCCGGGAAGCACAGAGGCACGUUGUCUGGAAAGGACGCGGCGACCUCGCCUGGGGUGAUGGUGGCUGGAGAGACAGUCGAACCCGUGUCUUCUAAGACUUCGCCCAAGUCAGACCUGCAGCCUGAGCCGGAAGUGAGAAAUUUGGAGAAUGAGGAGGAGGGUGAAUCCCUGGUUGGUGGCUUCAGCUCUCCCCUUACCAAAAUGCGUCUGCAACCCAACGGUGGACGGAAUGGAAAGCUGGUAACCGUCGCUGGUUGGACGGCAGGUUUCUUUCUUCUUGCCCACUUAGCAAAUACACACUCUACCGCCAAGAAGGGCUGGACGGAGACCGCCGUCGACUGGGACUACCGAAAAGAGCACCUCACCGAAGAUCUGGUGUCUCUCAAGGCUUAUCUUCUGGCCGGAACCACCGUGUCGGUGGUUCAAGAAAAGGUUGUCUCCUGGCCCGUCAUCCCAACUCUUGAAGAAAAGCCAGGCAAGAAAGGAAAAGGAGCGAAAGAAAAAGCCGAUUCGGGAAAGAAAGAGAAAGGGAAAGGGAAGGACUCUGGAAAGGCUGGGAACAAAAAGAAAAAGAAAUCCCUUUCCCCAGAGCUCCGAAGCGACCCGCCCAUCGUGAAGAUCCUGGGAUCCUUUCACAUCAACUUAGAAAAACUGCUAGCAGGGGACUCGGUGGUGGAGACCGUCUGCAAUUUUGGGGUACAGAUAAUCGAGCGGAACGUCACCCCACCAUCACCCAAAGACAAGGAGGGUAAGAAGGGUGCAAAAAAGGACCUCAAAGCCAAACCUGGGACUGACAGUGUAAACUCCAAAAAAACACCCCCGCCCCCAACUCCGUCCCCCGUCAAAGGAAAGGGGCGGAAGAAGGAUUCUUCAGAGGGCCCCGACCAGCAACUUGGCCAGCCUCUGACUGUGGAAUUUCAGAUGCAACACAUCAAGUGGGACUCCGCUUCCUCCGCCUUAAAAAUGCUGGAAGCCUUGGAAUAGGCUUGAAGAGAGCAAGACCGGUU